AUGUCCGACGAGCAGACCUUCAUUGCCAUCAAGCCCGAUGGUGUCCAGCGUGGACUCGUUGGCCCCAUCAUCUCUCGCUUCGAGAACCGUGGCUUCAAGCUCGUUGCCAUGAAGCUGGCCUCCCCCACCCAGGAGCACCUCGAGAAGCACUACGCUGACCUCGCUGGCAAGCCCUUCUUCAAGGGUCUCGUCGCUUACAUGCUGAGCGGCCCCAUCUGCGCCAUGGUCUGGGAGGGCAAGGACGCCGUCAAGACCGGCCGUUCCAUCCUGGGUGCCACCAACCCCAAGGACUCCCUUCCCGGUACCAUCCGUGGCGACUACGCCCUGGACGUCGGCCGCAACGUCUGCCACGGUUCCGACUCCGUCGAGAACGCCAAGAAGGAGAUCGCCCUCUGGUUCUCCCCCUCCGAGGUGCUCAAGUGGAAGCACUCCCAGGCCAACUGGGUCUUCGAGUAA